CUGAAUUUUAUUGUAGGAAACAAAAACAUUAAAUCGAGUGGGAAGUGUUGCUUGGUAGCGAGUGUCGAAGGGGUAAAACGUUACGUUUAAACCUCUUCAUUGCAUUCGCAUUCGAUCCGUUUCCGCUAACAUUAACAACAAUGGAGGAUUCAAAACCACAACAGCAGCGAAAGAAAAACUACCGAAAGAGAAGCGCUCCAACAGACGAAGAUCGACUUCCUCCCUCUCAGAACAACAAUGAAUCAGACGAUGAACGAGAAAGAAGAAUGGCACUGGAGGAAAUCAAGCUUCUCCAAAAGCAGCGGGAAAGGAAAUCGGGAAUUCCAGCAAACCCUAGUUUGCAAGCGCAGAGUGGAACAGUCGGCGCUUUGGCUGCUAAAGCCGCCGAAAAGAACGACGGUGAUGGCGGCGACAAGGAUGAGCUCGUUCUUCAAGAUACCUUCGCUCAAGAGACCGCUGUUUUGGUUGAAGACCCUAAUAUGGUGAAAUACAUCGAGCACGAGUUAGCGAAGAAGAGGGGAAGGAAAGUGGAUGCUGCUGAUCAAGUUGAGAAUGAGCUGAAACGUGCUGAAGAUGAACUUUAUAAGAUCCCUGAGCAUCUUAAAGUAAAAAGGCGAAAUUCUGAAGAAAGCUCUACUCAGUGGACUACUGGUAUUGCUGAGGUUCAGCUUCCAAUCGAAUAUAAAUUAAAAAAUAUUGAAGAAACAGAGGCUGCCAAAAAGCUUCUACAGGAAAAGAGACUUAUGGGUCGGACAAAGUCAGAUUUCAGCAUACCAUCGAGUUAUAGUGCUGAUUAUUUCCAACGUGGAAGGGAUUAUGCUGAAAAACUUAGAAGAGAACAUCCAGAGUUGUACAAAGAUAGAAGUUCACAGGAUGAUAGUUCUGGAUCCAAACAAAAUGAUUUAAGCACUGAUGGCACUGGAGCAGUACAGAGGCAGGCUGCAACAGAUGAAUUCAUGUUAGAGCGCUUCAGGAAAAGAGAACGCCACCGUGUAAUGCGAAGAUGACAUGAAUGUAUAUUUGUGGCAUACCAUGCAAAAGUCCAUCAAAGAUUGGUGGAGGUCCAGCUUCUGUUGAUUGGGAUGCCAUUGCCAUUGAUUUACACCAGUUCCUUAAUUCAAACUGUUGCCAAAAGAUCAUAGGGCUGCUUGAGCAUUAAUUUUUGUUGGUUCUCUUCUUUAGAUAAAAAAUAUAUUGAUCACGGCCCGCGGCCUGUCUGACUAUUCAGUGGCUUAUGUUGAGAGGUAGCAAUAGAAGUGUGUGUGAACAUCCCUAGCGAAGGCUAGAAUGGUGAUGGGGUCACCUACCUGCUUGUAAGCCGAUUUGGAUGUAUAAUAUUGACUUUCAAAAUAUUUAAUCUAUCCAUUGAAAACUUUUCC